AUGGUUGUGUCUGUAGAAAGAGCAAGAUAUCUGUUUCACACGCUAAAUUUCCUACCCCGUAUUCUUUUUCUGGGGCAUCGUUUAAAGGCAGACAACGCAAGCACAGUAAGAUGCGAUGUAAGAAGACGGAAUCUUGACAUUUGUUCUAUCUAUCUAUCUACCUAUCUAUCUAUCUAUCUAUCUAUCUAUCUAUCUAUCUAUCUAUCUAUGUUCAUACAUAUUGCUUUCUCUCCUCAUCAAUCUAUCUAUUUAUCUAUCUCUGUUCAUAUAUAUAUAUAUUGCUUUCCCUCCUCAUCUAUCUAUCUAUCUAUCUAUCUAUCUAUUCUAUCUAUCUAUCUAUCUGUUCAUAUAUAUUGCUUUCUCUCCUCAUCUAUCUAUCUAUCUAUCUAUCUAUUUAUCUAUCUAUCUAUGUUCAUACAUAUUGCUUUCUCUCCUCAUAUAUCUAUCUAUCUAUGUUCAUACAUGUUGCUUUCUCUCCUCAUCUAUCUAUCUAUCUAUCUAUCUAUCUAUCUAUCUAUCUAUCUAUCUAUCUAUGUUCAUACAUAUUUCUUUCUCUCCUCAUCAAUCUAUCUAUUUAUCUAUCUCUGUUCAUAUAUAUAUAUAUUGCUUUCCCUCCUCAUCUAUCUAUCUAUCUAUCUAUCUAUCUAUCUAUCUACCUCUGUUCAUACAUAUUGCUUUCUCUCCUCAUAUAUCUAUCUAUCUAUCUAUCUGUUCAUAUAUAUUGCUUUCUCUCCUCAUCUAUCUAUCUAUCUAUCUAUCUAUCUAUCUAUCUAUCUAUCUAUCUAUGUUCAUACAUAUUGCUUUCUCUCCUCAUAUAUCUAUCUAUCUAUCUAUCUAUGUUCAUACAUGUUGCUUUCUCUCCUCAUCUAUCUAUCUAUCUAUCUAUCUAUCUAUCUAUCUAUGUUCAUACAUAUUGCUUUCUCUCCUCAUCUAUCUAUCUAUCUAUCUAUCUAUCUAUCUCUGUUCAUUCAUAUUGCUUUCUCUCCUCAUCUAUCUAUCUAUCUAUCUAUCUAUCUAUCUAUCUAUCUCACUCGCAUUUCCACAAAAAAAGCCCCAAAAGCGCAAAGACUCGUGCAGCAUGGCAGCAUCAGUCAAACGGAGCAAGUACUCAGUUUUUCUCCCUAA